CCUUCACCGUGGACCUGCUCAUCUCCCCGGACGACAGGUUCCUGUACCUCAGCAACUGGAUCCACGGGGACAUCCGGCAGUACGAGCUCUCCAAGAACUGCAAGCCCCGGCUGGUGGGGCAGGUGUUCGUGGGGGGCAGCAUCCUGCGAGGGGGCCCCGUGACCGUGUGUAGGGACGAGGAGCUCAAGUGCCAACCCGAGCCCCUGGUGAUCAAGUGCAAGCGGAUUUACGGCGGCCCCAGCAAGCUGCAGCUGAGCCUGGACGGGCGCCGGCUCUACGUCACCAACUCCUUCUACAGCACGUGGGACAAGCAGUUCUACCCCACCAUGGUCAGGGAGGGCUCCGUGAUGCUGCAGAUCGACGUGGACACGGAGAAGGGAGGCCUGGCCGUCAACAAGAACUUCCUGGUGGAUUUUGGCAAGGAGCCCAACGGGCCCUGCCUGGCCCACGACAUUCGCUUCCCCGGCGGCGAUGCCACCUCCGAGAUCCUGCCCUAGGAGUGAGCCCGGCCCGGCUCCGCCCUUCCCUCCCUUCCCUCCCCCUGCAGUGCCCCUGCUGGGAAAGGGCGGCAGCUGAUGGGCUUUGGGAUCCCGGUGAUGGGCUUUGGGAUC